AUGAUACCCGGACAGACAGUGUCUGCUCAAGCAGGCCAGCGUCGCCGGUUCACCAUUCAAAGCGACUUCGGUAGUGCCAGACAAUCGAGGAGCCGAAAGAGUCGGCCAUGCGAUGCGUGCCGGAAGCGCAAGACGGCCUGCGUCAUCAGGUCGGCGCCACCAUGUGUUUUCUGCAAGACGAGGGGUCUGGAUUGUCAGUCUUCCGGCCCCGCUGCGAGGACCAAUACACCACCACCAGUCUCGCCUGGGGCCACCUCCGAGCUGCCUGAACGCGUCCCAACCCUGUCUCCCGAGGUUGUCGUGUAUUACAACCCCCAGCUACCGGCUCACACUCAUGCAAGUCCUUCGGUCGACGCGUCAGCCGGGGCCGUCCGACUCGAUGCAGUCGGCAUCUCGCCGGGCGGAUUACCGAUCUCUCACCCCUCCUCGUGCGGCCAUCGCCGUCUCCGCUAUCGAACAUUGAAGACAAUCCCGCCAGACGUCCACAGUAUGGGUCUAGCUGCCGAGCAGGACGCGAACCUCCUCAGUUCAUUCCGCUCCGUCAUCAUGAACGGCCUCGAGAUCGACGCCGAGUUCGUCCAGGUGUGUCCUGGUUCGCAAGAGACGGGCAAGCCUCCGGUGCACUUUUAUCUCGUCGUCAACGAAUUCUUCCCUCACGACGACAAGGUCAAGGAGGAGUGCUCCGACGCCAUUGAGGAGCUUGUGGCACCGCACAGCGACGGCCUCGUUCGGGCGUACUUCAAGCACGUGCAUCCAGUCCUACCAGUCGUCUCCAAGGGCCGGUUUCUGAGGCGCGUGGAGCACCCUCGAACGUGGACCAAAACGGCCGAGACCGUGGCCUGCGCGCAGAUGAUUGGGCUUCAUCAGGAUGCUGAUUUGUGGAAUAUCCCGGUAUGGGAGAAGAAGCUCAGAAAGAAAAUGUGGUGGGCAACUUUUGCCGCCGACGUAUGGUCGUCUCUGGGUCACGGCAACCCACCGCACAUCUAUCCUGGCUCGUACAGCACGUCGCAAUUGACAAUGGACGACAUGUCUUUUGACGAGGAUGUUCCUGCCGACCUCCAACAAUUUACUGAUACGACCAGUAGUAGUAGCAAGCAGCGAUUCACGGCUGUGCGUUUUCUGGAACAUGUCAAACUGGCACAGAUUCUGCGCGAGGCUCUCGGUAUAAGUUUCCAAGUUCCUCGGAAUACGACCACGGACGAGAGCUUCAUGAGUCGACGGCGAACAUUAAUAGACAUGAAGGCCGAUUUGUCGCACUGGCAGGACAUGCUGCCUCGAUGCCUGCUCAUGCCCACGCACCCGUCAGACCUGACAUGCCACAACGCGGCGAUCCACCUCGGCGACUACGCCACGCAAGCCCUCCUCUUUCGUGGCCUCAUGGCACCGGCCACGAGGGCGGCAAGGUCAGAACCCGCGUCCAACCUGCGGAAAUGGUUUCCCGUAGCUCUGGGCGAGUUCGCAGGCUUUCCAGCGUACAUGGCACGCAUCAACCUGCAGGAUUUGAACGGGUUCUGGGGUCGCCACGCCCGCUCGCAGCUCAUCCUCUGCGGCAACUUUCUCAUCUACCUCUUUCUUCUGGCAGCUGACAAGGAAGACGUCAGGGCGGCGUAUAGUCUCAUUGACAGCUUCCAUGGGUCGCUGUCGCGGCUGGAGAGCUUGGCAGGCCCGGCAGCAAUGCUGCUCAUCGGGCCUGUGGCUCUGCGGAUGAAUUCCUUCUUCGCACAGGCACCGGAUCUGAUGAGAGGCUUGUCGCAGGUGGAAGGGCUGACGCCUGGUGGCUAG